CACGCGGUUCAGCUGUUUACAGUGUCCGGAAGACUCCACCGAUCUCUCAAAAUCACAAAUAUAUACCUGUGAUAUUAUCAAUGGACACGUGAAUCAAAUGGAGCAGUCUUUCAUUUCAGAUAAACGGUGUGUUUGUUGAGCAUCAGGUGAGUCAUGAAGCCUCUCAGAGAUGCUGAACUGGGGGCCUCCACCUUCUUUGCUUCUCCUCUUCCUCAUGAUGUGUGUGGCAGCAAUGGACUUCCUCUCACCCCAAACUCCAUCAAGAUCCUGGGACGCUUCCAGAUUCUCAAGACCAUCACCCAUCCCAGACUGUGCCAAUAUGUGGACAUCACCAGAGGGAAGCAUGAACGGCUGGUUAUUGUUGCUGAGCACUAUGAAAAAAGCCUAAAAGAUCUUCUGAAGCAGGGGAAACCAGUCAGUCCAGAGAUGGUGCUUCACAUUGCCUAUGAAGUGCUAGAAGGUUUGGAGUUCAUGAAUAAACAUGGCAUGGUUCACCGCGCCUUGUCUCCCAACAAUGUUCUAUUGGAUCGUGAGGGUAAAGUGAAGUUGGCCAAAUUCGGCCUAUAUCAUAUGACCGACCACGGAGCAGAUGUUGACUUCCCUAUUGGGUAUCCAUCUUACCUGCCUCCAGAGGUUAUCGCUCAAGGCUGUCUGUAUUCCAGCGACCCCUCGAUCAUUGAGGCCCCGCUUCCUUCGGGGCCCAAAACAGACGUUUGGUCUCUCGGGGUGCUUCUGUUUGAACUCUGUGUGGGAAGGCAGAUUCUGCAGAACAUUGAUAUUAGUGAGAGAAUGAAAUUCAUCAUCACCUUAGGAUGCAUGGACGACAUAAUCACGGUUCUUGCUGAGGAACACGGGUGCUUGGAUACUGUUAAGGAUCUGCCUGAAAAUGUGCAGGCUUUAUUGAGGAAAUGCCUGACGUUUCUCCCUUCAAAAAGAGCCACCCCAGCCGAGCUUCUGGGAGACCCUGUGUUUGAGAGCAUGUCCUGUCAGUACACACCCUACCAGUGCCCCGUGCGUCUGUUCGCUGCCGCCCCGCGCUGUGCACAUUUAGAGCUUCCUGAGGACAUCAGCGAACUCUGUAAAGAUGAGGGAGAGAACUACCUGGUAGAGAGAGGCAUAGAUGAGGUGUAUCACCUGUGGUGUCUGGCAGGAGGAGACCUAGAGAAAGAGCUGACCAAUCAAGAGAUCAUCCAGUCAAAACCUCCCGUCUGCACCCUUCCCAAGUUCAUUUUGGAGGAUGGCGAGUCUUUUGGUCAAGGCCGGGACAGAAGUUUCCUUCUGGAUGACACAACUGUGACACUUUCUCUUUAUCAGCUCAAAAAUAGACUGAAGGACGUUGCUGGAGAGACGUUCUAUCCGUUAUUGGAAGAUGAGCAAUCCAGCCUGCCUCAGUCUAACAGCAGUAAUGAACUGUCUGCCACCGUCACACUGCCCCUCAUUAUCCGGGAGAGAGAUACCGAGUACCAGCUCACCCGCAUUGUCCUCUUCGACAGACUGCUCAAGGCGUACCCCUACAAGAAGAACCAGGUGUGGAGGGAGGCGAGGGUUGACAUUCCUCCUCUUCUGAGGGGUCUGGCCUGGGCAGCCUUACUAGGAGUGGAGGGGGAUAUCCAAUCGAAAUAUGACGGCAUCGAUAAGGACACGCCCAUCCCCACUGAUAGACAGAUUGAAGUGGACAUCCCUCGCUGUCACCAGUACGAUGAGCUGUUGUCGUCGCCUCAGGGUCACGUCAAGUUUCGGCGGGUGCUCAAGGCCUGGGUGGUGUCUCAUCCUGAUCUGGUGUACUGGCAAGGUGAUGGAGCAAUAGUUGGGUGGGGUCAUAUGCACGGUUUCUUCUUCCUGCCACUAGAUGGCAGCAAAGCCUUUGUAACAGAUAUCUUUACGUUCUGGUGGCCUUAA